GUCGCACCUGAACUUCGCGGACGAGACCCCCGACCCGAGCGCGAUCGGCUCGAAGACGGCGCUGCGGCGCCUGAUGAGUUCCGAGUUCGACACCUACCGCUGCAAGCACUACGUCAAGUGCCCCGCGAGCGUGAUCACGAGCAACGCGAACGGCAGCGGGAGCAACAACAACAGCUCGUCGACGCUGCCCGGCAGCCCCGUGCUGGCGCCCGGCGCGGCGUCGGCGGGCGCGGGCAGCGCGGGCGGGCGGCGGCCGCGCGCCGGGUCGGCGAACCGCGCGGAGAACUCCGGGUCGGACAACACGCUGCCGUCGCUGCCCGUCGCCGCGCGCAACGCCGGGUCGUGGCAGCCGGACGCCGCCGCGCCCCCGCCGGCGUGGCUGCACCACGCCGCCCCCAAGCGCAGCUCCGCGACGGCCAACAACGGCGCGCGGCGCGGCAACCACCGCGGCCGCGACGGCGACGAGAUGAUGGAGGCCGUCGCCGGCCUGGUCGAGCUCGGCGGCGUGUUCGACGACGACGACGAGCCCCCCCGGCCGCAGCCCGCCGCCGUGGGCGCCAUGACGCUCCACCUCGGCAGCGGGCCCACGGGGCCGCGGUACACGGACGGCGCGCUCGACGGCGCGUGGAAGAGCCCCGCGUCGCUCGCGUGGGCCGCGGGGUGCAAGCGCCGCCGCCGCACCGGAGCGGCCUCGCUGGACGAGACCGCGCCGCGCGCGCCCGCCGGCGGCCAGGCCGCCGCGUCGCCGCAGCAGGUGUCGGUGCUGGCGCCGUCGUCGCCGUCGUCGGGGCUGACGCCGCCGGCGGCGGGGUCGCCCGCGUCCACGGCGUUCCCCGCCGCGCUGCUGCAGCAGACGCUCGCGGCGCCCUCGCAGCACGACGCGCACGCGCUCCAGCGGGCCAUGCUUGCGCACAGCGGGCCGGGGGGCACGGGCGCGGCGCUGAGCCACCUCCGCAGCAUCCUGCAGGCGCUCAGCGCGCAGGCGGAGGGCCAGCCGCAGCACGCCCCCGGCGCCUGGACCUCGGUGCCGGCCUCGCCGCGCCCGUCGACUGACCAGGGCGCGCGGCCCGCGCCCCACAGCAUCCUCCAGGGGCUCGCGUCCCUCGGGCUGGACUGGGCGUCCGCCGAGCGCCAGGCCGCGUCGCAGCUCUAG